GAACCAAUCUAGAUUUCCUUACCCGGUGUUUGAGAACAUCUUGAGUCGCUUGUCCUAGGACUGGGAUUCUUUUUUUUUUUUUUAAGAUUUUAUUUAUUACUUUAGAGAGAGAGAGACAACAUGAGAGGGGGGAGGGGCAGAGCAGGGAACCUGAUGCAAGACUCCAUCCCAGGACUCCAAGAUCAUGACCUGAGCCAAAGGCAGUCGCUCAACCAACUGAGCCACCCAGGCGCCCCUAGAACUGGGAUUCUUAACCUCAGGCUGUGAGCCUUGGGAUUUAGGAUUCUGCAGAACUGGCUGGGGAAACAUGGACAUCUUUAUUUUCAUCAGCCUCCAGCUGAGCUUCUCUUCAUGGUGACAGGAGCAGCACCCGUGCCUUUGUCUCCGUUUUGGAGCCUGGGCACCUUCCUGGCUGCCCCUCGUUGCAAGGACACCGGGGCCCCUUUGGGCCCCAGGCUGGACGUGGCGUCGGUUACCCGGUUCGGCCGCCUCGGGGCCCUACGCCCGGGGAGUUUCAGUGCAAGGAGCCCCGGGUCCGAGCACACGGCCCGCUCCCCCAGCGUGGCCCCCCAGCCCGCGGGGCCCCGGUGUCCUGACCCCUGUUUAGGACUCAUUAUUAGGCGCUCAGACAAAGUUACGAUGUACCAUGUUUGUUUCUUGUGGUGUCACCACAUCUCAUUAGACCUGGUUUCCUUUUAGUCCUGCACGUUCUGAGGUCAGCUCUGGGCCGGAGAGAAGAGCUGCUCCCUGGCCUAGUGCAGACGGUUCAUGAAGCACUUACUCUGUCGCUGGUCGGGGAGGGUUCCGGCUUCUCGUUCUUUGUGCUCUAGUCUGAAAGGGAGACAGUUCAGACCGUUACCCCAGUGAGCUGGGGGAGCCGGUUCUCCGCCUUGUUUCCAGGCUGACUCAGAGUGCCGUUGGCUCUCAAAGCCAGCUCUAGGUCAGAUGAGGGUUGCUGACCAUCAGUGUCUGCAGGACAAGAAUUGCUUCCCUCUGAAAGCUUGGAUCACGUGGUCUAUGCAAGAGGAACAGGCCUUGGGGACGGUGAGUUGGAAUCCAGGAAGGCCUCUGCGACCCGGUAGUGAGUGUGACCUGAGCUCAGGACCUGCCAACCCGUGGCUGCGGUGGGUCAUGCCCGGCAGUCGCUCGGGGUCUUCACUGCACCCUGGAGCAGGGGUUCUGUUCAGUCUGAACUGCAGGCUCACGGCUGAUCAUCGGGAUUUCAACCUUCCUGUCACUCACCUCCGAUGGUGUGUUGCUGUGUGUUACCUGUUUUUACUGUUCCAUGUGGCAUCAGGUGAACAUCCCCUGCCUGACGUGUUGGUCCUCUUGUGGACAGAUGGCUGGGUUUCUGCUGUGGACAUGCUUAAAUGUGUCUUGUGCACACGGGCAAGGCUUUCUCUAGGGGAAGGUCUCCGGGACACAGUGGUUCAUGGGAUCCUGAGGAAGGUGGCCGGAUGGUGAUUUUCUAAUUUUGCCUCCCUUUUACGUCAGCCUGCUGACUUUGUCCUGUACACAAGGGCGUUCUCUUCCCCGGUUAUUGCCGUGGCUGUUCGGGUUGAUCUUACUCAGUGGGUUCUGAUUGUGUGCUGCCCCUACUCACUCACUCUCACGCUGCCCCUGGGUUCCUCCCGAGGGCGUUGGCACGGGUGCUUCUGUGUCCUGUGACCUGUCCUGCCGGUGUCUGAACACUUGCCCUUCCUCUGGCCCAGCUAAUGCCCGAGCCCUGAAAUUGGCCACUUCUCUGUGGGGGCUGGUUAUUUCCGUGGAGAAUGAGAUUUAGAAAGAAGACCAGGACAGGGUGCUCACUGUGGCUGGGCUGUCACUGCCUCUGGGCCCUCAGUGGCCAGAUGAUGCAGCAGAUGCAGAGAUGCGUGGACUGUGGACAGGCGUGCUAUGUGUGGCUCCGCCUGUCCGUACCCACGGGUGCCGAUGCCCGACUCCUUCGUCAGCCCUAGAAGCUCAGCCCGCCGCACUCUCCUCCACUUUGCGUCCGUGCUGUGUCCGGAGGCACACUGAGGUCUCACUCCCAGUAGCCACAGAAUUGUCACUGCUCAGUCCAGAACCCCUGAGCCAUGAGUGCGUAACAAAGCCCGCCAUCUGAGUUCACUGUCGGGGUUCUGUCUGUGUCUAAUCUGAGCACACGCAUUCUGCAGACCGUUCAGAAGGUACGUGGGUGCGUUUUGUCUCCGCACUUCAGCGCGCUGAUGUGCUUUACUUGAUGCGCGGCCUGGUUCUGUUCGUGUUGCACCUCAGAGGUUUAUGUUUGUUUUUUAAGCAUGUGGGACAUUAAUCUAGUUGCAGAAGCCGUAGCUCUCUGAACAGGGGCGUUCGAGAACUGGGGUCCGUCUCGGUCCCUCUGCGCACGGUCUCCGCCGCCGCCACCCGUCUCCUCCGGCUCGGGCUCGGGCUUCUCCUCCCGCAUCUCUUGUUGCUCCAUGUCAAGAUCGGACUUGCUUGCUUGUCAUCUCUGAAUUUAUUUGUUUUGAGUCCCUCAGAGUGGGGCUCAGACCCAUGACCCCAAGACCGAGAGCCGCAUGCCCCCCGCCAAACCAGCCUGGUACCCAGCUUCUCUCUUUAGAUCGCCGGUCUUCCCUGCUUCUCUGCUGGAACUUCCAUUCUCGUGAUUUUUUCCAUACCCGGUUACUGUCCGUACCCACGGAUUUCAUACUUCUUUGCUGCAUUCCAGAUAAUUUCCUCGGACAUUUUUCUUGAAUGCAGUAACUUUUUUCAGUUCUGUCAUUUCUGUGUGACCCACCAACUGAGUUGUUUCGUAUUCUAGAUUUUUCCGUUUUCAGUUUGAGGAACUUGUAGACUGACAGAGGAAAGCGCCCUACCUGUACGCCGUUCCCUCGGCCCCCUCCCGUCCCCGUCCCGUCCCCCACGGCCUCAGCGAGACCGGGGAAGCGGCCCGGGAGCGGCGCUCCGUCCGGACGUCCCGACAGAACCAGCAGCUCAUCUGCAGGCCGCAGGCCUAAAUGCCGCUGGGGGCCCUUCUCGGGCAUGCGGUCCGAUCUGCGUGCGACCUGCAUUCAGUGGCCGUGUCCCCAUGGUCUCCAGUCCUUGACCUUUGUGCCCUGUGUACUUUGGUGUCUGUCUGACAUGUUCCCUCGACUAGAUUUGUGGUCACGUGUCCGCGGCACGAAAUCCACAGCCGUGCCACGUUCUUCCUAGUCCGUCGGGUCAGGGCAAACAGGACGGCACUCUGUCUGGACUAUUUUCAACUUUGGUCACUGGGUUGGGGUUAGUGUCCGCCAGUGUCUCAGGGUAAAGUCACUCCUCCCUUCCAUGAUGCGUUGGCCCCUGGGAGGGAGCGGUUUGGAUGCAAACACGGCCUUGUUACAGCGAGGCCAUGGGGUGACUCCUCUCAGAACAUUUAUCCCUGAUGGUGUCUUGGGCGUGUCCUGUGGACCUGCAGCCCUUGGGCUCUGUCUGUCCCUCCCUGGAGCCACCAGGCAGGUGCUCCUCCCCCACUGGCCACCCUCUCCAGGUAACCUUUGAUUUUUGACCCGUAUCCAUUGAUCAGCUGCCAAGGCCUUCAAGCCUGAAUUGAGCAAGAUUUUCUCCAGAGCCUAUUGCUUCUGCCACCAGCGGCUGUGGGUGUGGCUGGGCCCACCGGCCUCAGGCACCCCUGGCUGCUUUUUGGGGGGCUUCCUGCCCUGAGUUGGAGCUUCCUGGGAGCCUCUGCACGCGCUCUCUAGGGAGAGCCGAGUCGUGCUCCGCGCACUCUCCAUCCCGCAGACCUCCGGCUGGGAGUCGGCCCGGCCUGUGCUGCCCGCAGUCCUGAGGAGACCAGCAUGUCGGCUUCGGCAAAACCCCUCGCGCCGGCAGAGCCGGCCCCCGGCCCCGAGGACAAGCCCAGGGGGAAGCCGCUCCUUGCCUGGGGCUCCCUCUUGGGCCACCGCAGCGAGAAAAUUGUUUUCACCAGGAGCGAGGGAGCCCCCGAGGAGAAGGUGCUCUCCAUAACCAUCACCGAGACCACCGUCAUCGAGUCCGAGCUGGGCGUCUGGAGCUCCCGGGCUCUGCUCUACCUCACGCUGUGGUUCUUCUUCAGCUUCUGUACCCUCUUCCUCAACAAGUACAUCCUGUCCUUGCUGGAAGGGGAGCCCAGCAUGCUAGCACAAAACCCGGCUUUCUUACCCACCCAAUUUCAUCAUGAUCAUGCUGUUUGUGGGUCUCAUGAGGUUCGCAACAGUGGUUUUGGGUCUGGUCAGCCUGAAGAAUGUGGCGGUUUCGUUUGCGGAGACAGUGAAGAGCUCUGCUCCCGUUUUCACUGUGAUCAUGUCCCGGAUGAUCCUGGGGGAGUACACAGGCUUGCUGGUCAACCUCUCCCUCAUCCCCAUCAUGGGGGGCCUGGCACUGUGCACGGCCACGGAGAUAAGCUUCAACAUCCUGGGGUUUUCAGCCGCGUUGUCCACCAACAUCAUGGACUGAGUUUUGUCCAUUAUUUUUCCACUGGCGUCUUCGAGAGCUCAGACCGAUGUCCGCUCCCUCCCACACAGUCCGUCCCCGGGGCCUGGCCCGCGGCAGUUUGCAAAAUGUUUUUUCAAAAAAGCUCCUCAGUGGGGACAAAUACAGGUUCUCGGCCGCAGAGCUCCAGUUCUACACCAGCGCCGCGGCCGUGGCCAUGCUGGUCCCCGCCUGGGUCUUCUUCAUGCCAGUGGCACCCGCACUGUCCUUUCUGUCUGUGCAGAUCUGACGACCCUAGGUCUCUCAUGUGCCUAACCUCCUCCUCCUCUGGGCUGAGUCAUCGGAGUCCGUUCGUCCGUCCUUCCGUCCGUCCGUCCCCACACGGAUGGAUGCCUAGUCGCUGCCUCAUUUCGGCAUUGGCGGACAGUCCUGCUGUGAACCUGGGCGUGCGCGUAACGAACCCAGACCCCGCUCCCGGUUCCUCGGGCGGGCGCCCAGACGUGGGGUGCCGUGCUCGCAGGAGUUGUCUGUUGAACCUUCUGAGGACUGUCCUGCGGUGGCUACACCAGUUUACUUUCCCGCCAGCAGCGCUCAAGGCCUCCAGCUGCCCCUCCUCCGCUGCGCGUGUCCUUUCCAUUUUCUGUUCUCGGUGGUCACCGUGCGCGCACGUGAGGCGGUCUCCCCUGCCGUCUCCCCCGGUGCUAUGGGUUUGCGUUUCCCGGACGGUCAGUGAUGCUGAGCGCCCUCUCAUGGGCUUCUUGGCCACGCGCGUGCAUGUGCACGUUCAGAAGGUUGGUGGGGCUGUUUGGGUGCCGCGCGAGAAGGCUGUUUGCAGACCACUGCUCGGCCUCAGCUUGUGGGCCCAGGAGACUGGGUACCCGUGACCCCAGGCUUCCCCGAGGUGCUCUGCGAAGGGAAGACAGCAACGGCAGAGCGUUGCUUCUGUUCUGA